AAUGUCGUGUAUUUCUCUUUGUUUUUUCGGUGAUUAUAUUUUUACCAUGAUGCCUCUUGAGGUUAACGAACAAGUGGGUAGAUUAGAUAGAUGGGCAGUUAAAAUUUUGAUAUAUGUAUAUUUAUUACAUUACAUUAUUAUGAUUGAGUGACCAAUCAGGUGAUGGCACCAAAAAACGUAUAGAGACACCCUUAUGUUUAUGUUUUGAGUCCAAAAAUUGCGCCAUGAAUCUCUCCCCGCCAAUUCUUCCUCCUAACACCAUGGAGCUCUUCCCCAACCCUGCACACCAUUCUCACAUCUCACCUCCAAGAAAACUUGACCAAAAAAACUUUUUGUAUUUUUGGCUCCUCAAUCGCCCAGGCCUUGUCAUUGAUCGUCCAUCAAUUCUUGGAAUGGGUGCUCGAGAAAAGGAUUACUUGUGAGGAACUUUGAGCUGGUUGCAUCAACGACCAUUCUUGGAAGAACACCCUUAAUGUGGAAGCUUGUUGUGCGAUUCUUGGAUGAUUCUCCUUAUGUACGGGUGUUGUAAGGAUUUACAUGAUUGAAAUGAGUGGAAUUAGGGUCAAUUCCUCUCGAGUUUCAUCAUUCUUGGUGCUGCUGAUAUUGGUUAUUGUUCUGGGUUGUUCGAGGCGGGUAUGGUGUGCGGAUGAAGAUGAAUUUGAUGAGUCUGGAAAUUCCAAAGCGCUACCUCUUGUUACAUCUCUCAUCUAUAACCAAAUUUCGAAUCUCACAAGGAUAUUCAACAAGGAGAUUACUGAGACCUUAGGAUAUUGCACUAAGGAUGUGGAUCGUGAUUUGGAUGGGGCAUUCAAAUUCUCCAACAAUUUGGACUUUCUCAGUAAUUGUGUUAAAGAGACGAAAGAUGUAACAAAGAGGGUCUGUACAGCAGCAGAAAUGAAGUUCUAUUUUACUAGUUUUAUGAACACAAAGUCAGCUGAUGCACAAUUCUUAAAACCCAACAGAAACUGCAAUUUAACGUCGUGGGUUCCUGGAUGUGAGCCUGGCUGGGCUUGUACCAUUCCUCAACAUGAACAGGUUGACCUCAAAAACUCCAAGGAUAUUCCUAACAGGGUUCGUGAUAGUCAACCUUGCUGCGCAGGUUUUUUCUGCCCUCGAGGCCUCACCUGCAUGAUUCCUUGUCCUUUAGGCUCAUAUUGCCCGCGUGCAACACUCAACGACGCAACUGGCAUAUGUGAACCAUAUGCAUAUCAGUUACCUCCUGGUGCAACAAAUCACUCUUGCGGCUCAGCAGAUAUAUGGGCGGGUGUAACUAGUAGCGAUGAAAUAUUUUACAUUACUGCAGGCAGGGCUCUACUGAGCAAAGAGCUUGCUUCAAGUUGAGUACUUGUAAUCCGAAUUCUGAUACACAGAACUUGCAUGCAUAUGGAUUUUUGAUCAUUGGCUUGUUAACGUUGGUGUUGGUAGUGUUUUACAAUUGCUCUGAUCAAGUCCUCACCACUCGUUAUGAAAGAUUGGCCAAGUCCAGAGAAAGAGCGGCAAAAAGUGCCCGGGAAACUGCACUAGCAAGACAAAGGUGGCAAAUGGCAAAAGAGGCUACAAAACUCAGAAGUAUAGGCUUGCAACAGCAGCUAUCGAGCAAAUUUUCGCGUAAAACUGGUGAUUCAUCUUCACUUCCACCUAGGUUUCCGGGUAACUCGAGUACACCACUACCUGGUGCUCCAAAGACAACAAAGGAAGAAAACAACCUCACUCAGAUGCUGCAAUCAAUUGAAGAUAAUCCAGACAGUCACAGAGGUUUCGACAUGGCAAUUGGAGAUAAGCAUAUUAAGAAGCAAAAUCUCAAGGCAAAACAGUUGCACACUAAAAGCCAAAUAUUUAAGUAUGCUUAUGGUCAACUUGAGAAAGAGAAAGCUAUGGAACAGAAACAAAAAUUGACCUUCUCAGGUGUAAUUUCAAUGGCCACUGAUGCAGAAAUGAAGACUAGGCCAUCCCUUGAGGUUGCUUUCAAAGAUCUCACCAUAACUCUGGCAAACAAAAACAAACAUCUGAUGAGGCGUGUCACUGGGAAAAUUUUGCCUGGUCGAAUAUCAGCUGUCAUGGGUCCAUCAGGGGCAGGGAAAACAACAUUUCUUUCUGCUGUGGCAGGAAAGAUAAGGGGGUGCCACAUAUCUGGUUCAAUUCUCAUAAAUGGAAAGCCUGACUCAAUUCACUGUUACAAGAAAAUAGUAGGUUUUGUUCCACAAGAUGAUAUAGUUCAUGGAAACUUGACAGUAGAAGAGAACUUGCGUUUCAGUGCUCGGUGCAGACUUUCUGAAGACAUACAGAAGGCCGAUAAGGUCCUUGUUGUUGAAAGAGUUAUUGAGUCCCUUGGACUACAAGCAGUGAGAGAUUCUCUUGUUGGUACAGUAGAGAGGCGAGGUAUCUCUGGUGGCCAGAAAAAACGUGUAAAUGUUGGGCUGGAAAUGGUCAUGGAACCUUCACUAUUAAUCUUGGAUGAACCCACAUCUGGCUUAGACAGUGCAUCCUCAGCCUUACUCAUUAGAGCUCUUAGACGUGAAGCUCUUGAAGGAGUAAACAUCUGCAUGGUUGUUCAUCAGCCCAGCUAUACUUUGUACAAGAUGUUCGAUGACUUAAUACUUUUAGCCAAAGGUGGUCUUACCGUGUACCAUGGAUCCGUGAAGAAAGUAGAAGAAUAUUUUGCAAGCUUUGGAGUCACCGUACCAGACCGUGUUAAUCCUCCAGACCACUUCAUCGAUAUACUCGAGGGUAUAGUGAAACCAAGUGGCGGGUUAACUGCGGAACAACUGCCUGUCCGAUGGAUGCUUCACAAUGGCUACGCUGUCCCUCCUGAUAUGCUACAAUACUGUGACGAAAUUGCAUCUGGCUCUGGAGGUGUAAGUACUAGUAAAGGAGUUCCAACUCCAGAAGCAUCUUUUGCUGGAAGUGAGUUGAAAGAUAAGGAGGACCAUUCACAGCACAGGUUUUUUAAACCUGAUGACUUAUCUAACAGACGUACUCCUGGUGUGCUUAAGCAAUACAGAUAUUUCCUUGGAAGAAAUGGAAAGCAACGGCUACGAGAAGCUAAGCUACAAGCGGCAGAUUAUCUAAUCCUUUUGCUUGCUGGAGCAUGCUUAGGAACUCUUUCAAAAGUGAAGGAUGACACAUUUGGCUAUUUUGGUUAUAUGUAUACAGUGAUUGCAGUCUCACUCCUGUGUAAGAUUUCUGCUCUGAGAUCAUUCUCCCAGGACAAAUUAGAGUACCUGAGAGAGAACGACAGUGGCAUGAGCAGUCUAGCCUAUUUCCUCUCCAAGGAUACAGUUGAUCAUUUCAAUACAGUUAUCAAGCCUGUAGUUUUCCUUUCCAUGUUCUAUUCUUUCAGCAAUCCAAGAUCAACAUUCCUAGAAAACUAUGCCGUUUUGUUCUGCCUCAUCUAUUGCGUGACGGGGGUAGCCUACAUUUUUGCUAUCCUUCUUCAGCCUGCUCAAGCUCAACUGUGGUGUGUGCUUCUUCCUGUUGUUCUUACUCUGAUCGCAAAUCAAGGUAAAGACGACAAAUUUGGAAGGAUCGUAAGUGGUUACUGUUAUCCAACAUGGGCUUUGGAAGCGUUCAUUAUAGCAAACGCUCAAAGAUACUCUGGAGUAUGGUUGAUAACUCGGUGUGCUGCGUUGAAUGACUUUGGUUACGACGUUCACAACUGGACUAAAUGUCUACUUCUCCUCAUCCUCAGUGGCAUACUAUGUAGGUUUCUAGCUUUCUUUUUUUUGCUUACAUUUGGAAAGAAAUGAGUUUGUGGGCUGCUGCUGCUGCUGCUUCAUCCUCAUCUUCUUCUUCUUCUUCUUCUUCUUCUUCUUCUUCUUCUUCUUCUUCUUCUUCUUCUUACUCUUUUUAUUUCUGUGGUGUACAAACAAUGUAAAGCAUAUAGGCUCUGAGCACCCUUUGUUGUAUCAUAUUUACUCACUUUUUGAGUGCCAUCAAGUUUUGGUUUUGUUGGCACAAUUUGUCAUUGGGAUUCUGUUUUGUCUCUCUCUAGAAUUUAUAUA